AUGCCGGGCGCCACGGGAACCAACGGCGACAACGAGGUCGUCCACGACUUCUCCCCGCUCCUCCUGGUUUACAAGAGCGGCCGCCUCGAGCGGCCCCUCAUCAUGCCGUUCGACCUGCCCGGUCACGACGCCGCCACAGGUGUCGAGUCCAAGGACGUGCCCCUCUCUCCCUCCACUUUCGUGCGGCUGUACCUCCCGGCCGAAGCCACCAGCUCAGGCGACGACGACGGUAAGAAGAAGAAGGCGGCCACCAAGCUCCCCGUGGUCGUCUACUUCCACGGCGGCGGUUUCGUGAUGGGGUCGGCGGGCUCCUGCGUGUACCACCGCUUCGUCAACGACCUCGUCGCCGCCAGCCCCGCCGUGGCCGUAUCCGUCGACUACCGCCUCGCGCCGGAGCACAUGCUCCCCGCCGCGUACGAGGACUCCCUGGCGGCUCUCAAGUGGGUGCUCUCGGCCACGGACACGUGGCUGGCGACGCACGGCGACCUCGCCCGCGUGUUCCUGGUCGGCGACAGCGCCGGCGGCAACAUCUGCCACCACCUGGCCAUGCACCCGGACGUCAAGCAGGGCGCGGGCGCCGGCCUGAAGGGCAUCGUGCUCAUCCACCCGUGGUUCUGGGGAAAGGAGCCCAUCGGCGGGGAGCAGGAGCACAGGAGGCCCCGGGCGAAUCGCGCGGAGGCGGAGGGCCGCGGGAGGAAGAAGCACCUGUGGGAGUUCGUGUGCCCCGGCGCGGUCGACGGCGUUAACGGCCCCCGGAUGAACCCGACGGCACCGGGCGCCCCGGGGCUGGAGAGCCUGGCGUGCGAGAAAGCCAUGGUGUGCGUGGCCAAGGGCGACCACCUGCGGUGGCGCGGUAAGGCGUACGCGGACGCCGUGGCGCGGGCGAAGAAGGGUGGCGCGCCGACGCCGGCUUCGGUGGCGGCUGUGGCACGAGCGGAGUUGCUGGCCGAUACGGCGGUGGCGGCGUUCGUGAAGGGCGGCGGCCAGCCGGCGGCGGUGGAGAUGCUGGAGUCGGAGGGGGUCGGUCACGUCUUCUUCCUGCUGGAUCCCGAGAUGGAGGAGGCCAAGGAGCUCCUCGGCAGGAUCGCGGCGUUUGUCAGUGCGAGGUGA